CCUACAUGUGUAGAUAUGGCUGCUGCAAACUACCUCCAAUCUGAAGAUCAGUUUGUGUGCUCCAUCUGUCUGGAUGUGUUCACGGAUCCUGUGACUACAUCAUGUGGACACAACUUCUGCAAAAACUGCAUCGCUAAACACUGGAAUACCAAUGACCGGUACCGGUGUCCCCUGUGUAAGGAGGGUUUUACCAAAAGACCUGAUUUGAGGGUCAACACUUUCAUCUCUGAGAUUGUCGCUCAGUUCAGACAGUCAGCUCAACAGAAAGCCAGCAGCAGCAGCUCAGAGCAACAAGUGUCCAAACCAGGAGAAGUUCCCUGUGACGUCUGCACUGGAACCAAACUGAAGGCCCUGAAGUCCUGCCUGGUGUGUCUGGUCUCCUACUGUGAGACUCAUCUGGAGCCUCAUCUGACAAUGUCAGGUCUGAAAAGACAUCAGCUGAUCGACCCUGUGGAGAACCUGGAAGGCAGGAUAUGUACGGAGCACGAUAAACCUCUGGAGCUGUUCUGUAAGACCGACCAGACAUGUGUCUGCAUGCUCUGCACUGUUUUAGAUCACAAGACACAUGAUGUUGUUCCUCUGAAAGAAGGAUAUGAAAGAAAGAAGACAGAGGCUGAAAUUCAGCAGAUGAUCCAGAAGAGACGACUGAAGAUUCAGGAGAUCAAACACUCAGUCGACCUCAGUGAUGAUAUCAGAGAGAUAGCAGAAUGUGUUCAGGUCUUCACCUCUCUGAAGGAGUCUGUUGAGCUCAUCAACACGAUCAAAGAGCAGCAUAAAACAACAGAAAAACAGGCCGAAGCUUUCAUCAAAGAGCUGGAACAGGAAAUCUCUGAGCUGAUGAAGAGGAGCACUGAGGUGGAGCAGGUGUUACACUCUGAAGACCACCUCCAUCUU